AUGAAUGCAUUUUCCCAGUUGAUAUCGAACGUUACCUCAACGCCUGUUGCUAAUUUCUCAAUGGCUGAGUACUCUGGUGUGCAAUCCAUCGAUCAAUCUAACCCUAAAAUUGAUUCGCCUGUCGUUACAAUUCCUCCAUGGCGACCUUCUCAACGUUUGCGUAACCUACACACACGUUUUCAAAAUACUAUUCUUUUUCAAUACAUAUGUCUGCCUCGUGCAUUCUGUGCAAGGUUACUAUAUCCUACCAAAGCGAAAUGGAUCCCCUACGAUGCAAACAUUAUCUAUCCGCUCGAAUCAAACUUUCCAUCCACUACUGUGUAUACGCUUGACGAAGGAUCAACACU